AUGCUGGUGCUGGUGCUGGUGUACUUCGCACACCUGUGGCGCGCGCCGCACGCCGGCGACGCGUGGCGCGUCUCCCGCCGCGCGCGCGCUCCCUCCCAGGCGGCGAGCGGGCGCGGGCAGGCGGCGCUGGUGCGCGCGGGCGGGCGGCGCGCGUGCGGCGGCGUGCGGGUCGCCGCGCGCUGGGCGGCCGCGCCGGCGCACUGCGUGGCGGCGCGCGCGCACCCGCUCUCCGCGCACUCGCUGUCGGCCUGGAAGAUCUCAUACCGCCUACACUCGCAUCUCUAUUUUGAAACUGACAUCGUCCGGGGUGUAGUGCAUUCACACUUUAAUGGAGAGGAUUUCAGCAACAACAUAGGGUUAUUCGAACAAGCAGAUCCCAUCUUCACGGAUGAUUAUCGAUUGGACGAUGCAGAUGUGAGCGACGAAUACCUACAAAUGAACGCGCACAACCUGUCAGUGGUGGGAUGGGAGGGCAUCACAGGGUUGCCUAUGGACGUUCCUGUGAGCCCCGUACCCUUACAACGCUGUCGGCAGUAUAUGAAUCCAGUCCUCGAACUAAGAUCUUAUGAAUUCUGCAUGCAAUUAAAGAAAAACUAUACUAUUGAGCACGGCUCCGCGAUGCUAGUCGGCGCCGAGGUCAAGGGGCUCGUCGCCUGGGGAGACAAGAGCGGACAUUUACCUCUCGUGAUACUUCACAUUGGUUAUUACCGAAAUUGGAUUGAGAAUAUAGUCAACUUGUACUAAUUCGUUGCUUCUUAUUCAAUAAAUACUUUUACUACCUUCCUAUUCCUACCUACUUAAAAUCUAUCAUGUACCAAACUAAAUUAGGUAUACUAAGGGCUUUCUUGGAAGAGUUAAGAGCCAUUUCACAAAAAUAUUCCGCGCGAAUUUAGGUAAAAACUGUCAACGCAACGUCAAAAGAGUAAAAAGAACGCCGAAAUGGACAAAAAAAUCUUGAGCCGUGACCGUUCGGUUGUUCGAUGGGGUACACUUCUGAGAUGGUCCCAUUGUCACCAAGUCAGGAUCUGAUGAUGCGAUCCUAGGGAAAUCGAGGGCAACCCUCAAAUUUUAU